AAUAUGGGGUGAAGAAGCCGAGAAGGUGAUGGAAUUGGAGUGGUAAUAGGAAAAAGGUUCCUGGAAAUAGCGAAACACAUCACUGGUAGAAGUAGCAUAGACAGAGUAAAGGGGUAAAGGGUUAAAGGAGAAAGCCGUGAAAAGUACAUCACUGCAUGGGAAUUCUAGCUAUCUUCGCCUCUUUAAUUUUAUCUAAACCCUCGAAGUUGCUGUAAUUCCCAUUUCUUAUCAAUACCCUCUUUCUCUGUCUCCCUCUCUAUAAGCCCUCAAUGUUACACAUAACGAUCUCUCUUAUUUGGUAGCUGAAGCUUACCUUCUCAUUGCCUGCCGGUGGGUUUUCCUAGGCCUAUCUGUGAUAACUGAUAAGGGUCUUAUUCGUUUCUCUAUUAGCCUUUCAAGGGCGUUCUUCUUUCUUCUAUCUUGAGAGGGUUUAUCAUUUUCAAUUAUUGCCUGCUUCUAUAUUCCUGAAAUGGAUUUGCAUGGCACAGACGCUUAGACAUGGACUUUUGGGGUAUUCUAUGACUUCAAAGAUGCUUUCUCUAAGGGAGUUUUGGAGAAGGCAUAGGAGGAAAAUUCUUAUUGCAGCUGGUGUUUUUGGAAGUGGUUAUUUUCUCUAUAACUUGUAUAAUGCACACAAGAGUAGCCUUGCUGAUUUGGAGAGACAGCAUGCGGAUGAACGGGAACAUGAGGAGCUUAUUAAGGCUCAAAUGCAAGCCCAUUUUGAGAACAUUCAGAGAAUAGCUGAUGCAACAACUUUGCCUCAUGCAAUGCACUAUUUAAGCAGCCGGAUAGCAGAAGAGUUGGACCUUUUGCAGCUUACAGAGAGGCUAAUGAAAGGGAAGGGUCAGCCCAACACUUUGACAUCUUCAGAGAAACUUGAGCUAUGGGACAGACUCAAAAUCUUAAGUUUCACAAGAACAGUGGUCUCGUUAUGUGCAAUGACAAUGCUUUGCUUGUAUAUCAGAACUCAAGUAAAUAUUCUAGGAAGACAUUUGUAUAUUGACACAGCACGUGGUCUUGGAAGCUCACACUUACUCGACGAUGCUGAUCUCAUUGAAAGGGAAGACCAGCAAAAAUUUUUGGCAAGUUCUGAUUUUCUUGCUAAUUAUGGCAUGCCAGCACUGAUUUCUAAUAUCCAAGCAGCAGUAACAGAGGUUCUUAAGAGAAAAGAAUUGAGGGAUUUCUUCAACACCAAGACUCUUCAUGAAACUGUUAUGCAGAUACUUGACUUGUUCAUGAGCAGAGGAAGUCCACAUCACUGGGCAGACUACUUGAUGCCUGAAGAUGCUAGAGUCUACAAGUUAGCCUUAGGUUCCAACAGUGAUGACACAAUAAUUACUGAUACCACAAAAUUUGAACAGCUUAUGGCAGAGGCUCGAGCAGUGCUAUCAAGUGCUGAAUUUGGUAAAGUUGUGGAAAUAUCAUUGAAAGCAAUAGUAGAUGCCCUGGUGGCUGAUGUGGCAGCCGAGUCCGGAGGUGGCAGUCUAGCAUCAGGGAUGCCGCUGGCAAGGCUUUUACCGCGAGUUGCACAAAUGGGUCCGUUAUUGUUUAAUGAACUAAACCAAAAUCGGUUUAUCCAAAUCAUCCUUAGUGUAUCAGAAGUUGAACUCUUCUUCACUCUUCUUUAUGCUAAUAUGCCAACAUAGACUAGUAAGAAUGAGUUUCAUUUCCUUGGACAUUUUCAUUUUGAUUUUUCAUACAUGGGCACCAUUGUAAAUAAUUUGUAUGGUACUAGGUGUGGAUUCACAAAAUUUGAACAGCAUAAAACGAAUAGAAGAGAAUAUUGAGAAAUGUUUCAUUAAGUUGUAAUUCUUUACCAAAUAAUAUUUGUUUGAUUAUGAUGAA